AUGACUCGUGAUCAUGGCAGAGAUAAGGCGUUUCACGAUGGCGGCAGGGUGAGGAUCUCCGUGCAGGAUGCUCAGGAGAGAACAUGGCAUUCUCAAUCUCGAGGGGAGACCGGCGAGCGUUUCGGCGCCUUGGCUGCACUGGUCGUCGUAUCUGUUGGGAAGAGUGCAGCAACCUCGUUGUUAUGUCGGUCUCAACAAGAGAGAGGCGAUGUUGAUACGAGCAGGAAGGGUGUGGUACUGCAUCGAAAGUUUAGUGGUGGGAUUCUGUCAGCCCAUCUGAGGCUGAAGGCAGCAAAUUUCGCUCAGCCACCAGAAGUAUCGCUGGCCUCAACGGAGCUGUUGGUCGUCAAAGCCAGGCCGCGACCCAUGUCCGGGGCACGGUUCGCAUACUUGGUACACGGCAGGCGCGUGCAAUUGCGCACUUGGAACGUUCAGCAACUGCAUCAGGAGAGCGUUUUCCAGCAGAGCAGGCAGCAUGCAAGCAGACCAGGACGCGUUGACACACUCUUGAGUCCCUCGUCGCGCAAGGACGGUCGUCCGACUCUCCACGUCAAGGAAAGUUUGGGGUGCAUUGCGCGGGUUGAGCUCGCUGUGGAGUUCGAGGCUGCGUGGGUCGAGCGCAAGCUGUCGAACUGUAUUUACGACUCGUUUAGAGGGCACAGGCCCACAGAGCAGGGAUCCCGCGAACGAUAG